AAACCGAAGAGAAGUGCUGUAGCGGAAACUUUCAAGCGACAAGCAAAGCAACAAAAAAGACAAAGCCCGCCACCGCGCCCCGCCUGGCCGCCUCUCCAACUCCAAGACCAGGAUUCCACGACUGAAGUGCCUCACGCAGACUACGCAGUUACCGGCUUGCCGCCUCACCGUCUUUCCACCACCCACCGUUCAGAUUCACGGCCCUCAACCCCUUACUGCCUCGGACCUGGGUUGUCGAGAGCUCGCGGCUUGGAGAACCCUCAAGGAAGUAGAAGGUUAGCGAGCAGAUUCAGGUUUCAAUCCCAAGUUCACUAUUAUCAUGCCAGACGCUUCUGUUGUCAAUGACUUCAUUGUCAAGCUCAAGAAACGUGAAAUAGAGGGCUCCAAAGCUACCGCCAAGCUGACAGCAGAGCUGCUGCGCUCCUUUAUUUCGCUGCAGAGGCUUCCGCAUACCAAUCAGGCUGGAGCUCUCAUUGACGCCGUCAAAGCUGUAGGGGAGAAAUUAAUUGAUGCCAAUCCUGUAGAACUUGCUGUUGGUAACAUUGUGAGGCGCGUUUUACAUAUUAUUAGGGAGGAGGAUGCAUCCUUAACUACUGCUGCUAUUGGUGAGUUAAAUAUAUCAGCUGGAAGUGAUGAUGAAGAUCAUACUGAUCAUGACGAUCAUCCAGUUCUAUCUGCUGCUGCUGUCGCUGCUGCGGCCAGGAGUACAUUGAGGGCACCUUCCUUGCAGACCUUGCUCGAGGAUUUGCCACAUUCAGCAGCAGUUCCUCAUCCAAUUUCGUCUGGAGGAGAUUCAGAAGGAAAAAGUAAAUCUGCUGAUAAGAACUUGCAGACUCGGAAACUGAAGCAUAAUGUGAUUGAGGCUGUUAAUGACCUUAUACAAGAUAUAGCCACUUGCCAUGAACAGAUUGCAGAACAGGCAGUGGAGCAUAUUCAUCAUAAUGAGGUAAUUUUGACAUUAGGCAGCUCAAACACAGUAAUGGAAUUUUUAUUUGCUGCAAAGGAAAAGAAGAGAUCAUUCCGAGUAUUUGUUGCAGAGGGUGCACCGAGAUUUCAGGGACAUGCUCUUGCAAAAGAACUGGUUGCUAGGGGGCUGCAGACUACCGUCAUUACAGAUUCUGCUGUUUUUGCAAUGAUUUCUAGAGUGAAUAUGGUUAUAGUUGGAGCUCAUGUGGUCAUGGCCAAUGGGGGCGUUAUAGCACCAGUAGGAAUGAACAUGGUGGCUUUAGCAGCCCAAAGGCAUGCUGUUCCUUUUGUUGUACUUGCAGGCGUUCACAAGUUGUGUCCUUUAUAUCCACACAACCCUGAAGUGCUGCUAAAUGAGCUGAAGUCCCCAUCUGAGCUGUUGGAUUUCGGAGAAUUCUCGGAUUGUCUAAAUUGUGAUAUUGGAUCAGGGUCCCCUCUUCUACAAGUUGUCAACCCUGCAUUUGAUUAUGUGCCACCUAAUCUUGUUAGUUUGUUCAUAACAGACACAGGUGGGCACAAUCCUUCGUACAUGUACCGUCUUAUUGCUGACUAUUACUCUGCUGAUGACAUGGUUAUGCGUUGAAGAAGAUGAGCAUCUUUCAAUGGCACAUACCCUCUCUGAUUGACCGACUGUUACAUUUGACAUGGCCGCAUUUUGAUUUCGAUCUCUGUUUAGACAUUUUCAUUGUUGUGGGUCAAAGAUGAAUAUAUGAAGAAUUAAAGCAUACGCAAUAUUACUAGUGCCCAUAUGAUGAUCUGUGAGAGGUAGACUUGUAGUUAUUGAAAUCUCACCAUUAUAUUCACGCGGUGCCGAUAAAUACCUCUUAAAUUUUCAUGGCUUCUAAGUACCGCACAAUUUUCCUUAUAUUAAUUGGUCCGUCCUAAAAAGUAAAAACAGUUUCAGUGUGCGAGAUGCGAGCUUGUGAUGAAUUAUCG